GUGGCCGGCUUCCCGAAUGUACUGUAUGCUUGGACUGUGCGCGCUUGCAGCGCCUGCCUACCUGCGUGAGCGGCUGGUGGCCACUCUGGCCGCCGCGGACGCGCUGGCGGCCCACGCGGUGUUGCUUGAGCCGCCGGCCGCCGGCGCGAAGCCGCCCACCGCCGCCGCGCGACGCACCUCGGAGAGCCGCGCUGCCAAGGCCUGGAACCGGCUGUGCCGCCUGGCCACCCGGGCCGCAGUGGAGGAGACGUACAGGUCUGCUGCCAGCUCGUUGAUGACGGCGGGCGGCUCGGCGGCGGCGACCCUGGCCCGCAAGGAGCGGGAGCGCAAGGAGAAGGAGGACGCCAAGCAGCGCCAGAAGGAGGAGAAGGAGGAGGCCAAGGCGCGGGCCAAGGAGGAGGAGGCCAAGGCCAAGGAGGCCAAGCGGCUGGCCGAGGAGGAGGCUCGGCGCAAGGCCAAGGAGGUCAAGACGGCGGCCAAGGAGGCGGCCAAGGCGGGCUUCGCCUCCUCCACCGGCCUCAAGAAGAGCCAGAACCUCAUGGACACCUUCUUCAAGCGCAGCGGAUUCAAGCCCGCCGGCGGCGCCGCGGCCGCCCCGGUGCCCGCCACUGACCUCGCCGCAGCCGUGCCGGCCGCCAGCGCUGACGGCGAUGGCGGCGCGGUCUCCGAUCUGCAGCAGCGGCAGCAGCAGCAGCAGCAGCCGGGUGCGUCGGGUCCCGCUGGCACGCCGCAGCCUCGCGCGGGGGCCACUCCGCCGGGCCGUGGGGCGCCGGAGGCUUCGGCUGGUGUGGCUCCGGCCGCGGCGGCUGGAGGUGGCGCUCCUGCCACGGGUGGCGGCACCGGGGGCGCAGCUGCUGGCCCGCGCAUGAUGUUCAACUUCAACAAGGUGGAGCGCAGGAUCCCGGAUGCGGCUGUGGUGGCCGCCAUGGACGCCGACGCCGCCCGCCUGCCGCUGCCGGCCUCGGAGCUAGCGGUGGACUUCAGGGCAGCACACGGCCGCUGGCGGCAGCAGCGGGCCGACCGACGCCGCAUGCUGGGUGUUCCUCCCACCUGGGCCCGGCGGCCGGGCGCUCCCACGGACCUGCGCGCGCUGGCUGCGGCCUACUACGGCGACGUGGGGGCGCUGGGGCUGGAGCCCACCGCGCUGCGUACCUGGCGGCGCAAGCUGAUCGCCUUCCCCAAGGAGGAGUCGGUGCGCCCGCCCUACUACGGCUCGUUCAGCAGGACCAGCGCCGCCGUGACGGGCCGUCGGCCGUUUGGCCGCGACACGGGUGUGGACUACGAGGUGGCGUCCGACGACGAGUGGGAGGAGGAGCCGGAGGGCGAGAGCCUGUCCGACAGCGGCGACGAGGCAGACAGCCAGGCGGGCGGCGGCGGCGGCGGCGGCGGCGAGGAGGAGGAGGAGGACGGCUUCAUUGUGGGUGAUGACCACCUGUCGGACGACGAGGGGGCGCAGCUGAGUGGCGACGAAGAUGCCAUGGAUGUGGACGGCGCCGCCAAGACCCCCCGCGCCGCCGCCGCCGCCGCCGUCACGAGCGGCCACGUGCGCUUCAUGGACCCCCGGCUGCAGCAGCUGGAGGCAGCCAUUGACCGGGUGCGAAGCAACAACCGACCCAUCCUGCUGGUGAGGCCGCCGCCGCCGGCGGCGGCGCUGGGUGCUGACGGCGGGCAGGCAGUGGCGGCGGCGGCGGCGGCGCUUCGCGCUGAGCCGCGGCCGGGUCUGAACACGGGUCUGGACCCGGGGCUGCUAGGCGCCCUGCGACCCGUGGUCCACCGACCAGACGUCGCUCUGGCGCCGCCGCUGGAGUUGGAUGUGUACAGCGCCUACGCCGCCGCCGCCACUGGUGGCGGCGCCGCCGCCGCCGCCGGCUGGGACGGCGCCGUUGCUGUUGCGGCGGCGGCGCCAGCCGCCCGCGAGGACGCGGGUGCGGGCGUGGCCGUUGGCGCGGCGCGUGUGUCGAUGGGCGGCGCGGGGGCGGUUGGCGGCAGCGCGGCGCGGGCCGGCGGCGGCGGCGCGGGCCGCGGCGGCGGUCGUCCCGCCAGUGCGCCGCUGGGCGAGGCGGAGCUGACGGCGCUGGCGCUGUACAUGUCGGCCUGCCAGGACAAACGCGCGGACAAGAUCGUGGAGGGCUUCCUGGCCUCGCUGCCGCCCGCCGCCCCCGGCGCCAAGCAGCCCGCCAAGGUAAAGCUGCGCGACGCCGUCAAGCGCCUGGGCGCCUGGAGCGCCAGUGCCAAGCGCUGGCUGCUGCACGGCGGCGACGUCGCAGCAGCCGUCGCAGCAGCCGUCGCCGCAGCCCUGGCGGCGCAGCAGCAGCAGCAGCAGCAGCAGCAGCAGGCCGCGGCGGCCGCCGCGGCGGCGGCAGCCGCGGCGGCGGUGGGCUCGGGCGUGUCGCCGUUGCCGGCGUUGACGCCGCAUGGCUCCCUGACGCCGCUGGCGGCUGGCGCUGGCGGUGGCGGUGGCGGAAACGGCUCCACGCCGCUUGGUGUGGGCGGCACGCCGCUGCUGCCGCCGGGCCCGCCGGCGCCCACGCCCAUGCCGCAGCUGCGUGCGCCGCUGCCCAGUCCCAUGACCGGCCAAGGUCCGCUGCUGCUGGCGCCCGCUUGCACGCCCGCGGAACAUGCCGCCGCCGCCGCCGCCAACACCACUCCACACAACCACCACCAGCAGCAGCAGCCGCUGCCCUCGCCCGCACUGCUACAGCCGCCGCUUGGAGCCGGCGCUGUGCCGCCCUCGCAGCUGGCGCAGGCACUUGCCCGGACUGCCGCAGAGGCCGUCGCCGCGCCGCUGCCCACGCCCAGCCCGGCGCCCUCGGCGGGCGGGCGGCAGCCCACGCCGACCACCUCGGGGUUGGGAAACGGCAGGUCGGCGCCUGCGGCUGUGGCGGGCAGUCGCAGCAUCCUUGACCUCUUCAACCGGACCAAGGCACGCGCGAGCAGCGGCGGCGGCGGCGCUGCUACUGCCGCGGCUGCCGGCGCCGCGCCGGGUGCUACUGCCGCUGACGCGGCUCAGCAGCCUAUGGAGUGCGACGGCGCCGGCGAUGGCGCUGGCCCCGCGGAGCGGCAGCAGCAGCUGCAGCAGCAGCCUGCGGCUGCUAGCGGGAGAGCCGAGGGCGCGGGCGGCGGUGCGGCCGACACAGGCGGAGGCGGCGGGCAGUCAGACGCACACAUGGAGGUGUGCGGCGAGUCGGGGCAAUGCCAGCCCUCCAUCGCCGGCCAACAGCAGCAGCAGCCGCAGCAGCCGCAGGAGCAGGGGGAAGGGCAGGCCGCGCCCCGUGAUGCCACCCGCCAGCAGUCGCAGCUGAGCGGGGGCGUGGGCGCGGCCGGAACAACUCCCAGCGCGAAUGCGGACGGUGACCGGAGGAGGGCGGCGGCGGAGGAGGAGGAGCAGGCGGAGCGCGGGUCGGCGGGUCGGCGAGAUGAGGCGGAGGAGCAGGAGGAUCGAGAGCCGGCGGCCGCGAGUGGCGCUGAGGCGCCGGCGGCUGCACGGGGCCCCAUCGCGCGACCCAUGCCGCCGCCGCUGCCGCCCGUUCCCGAGUUCGAGCGGCACGGCACAGCACACCCCUACUGGCGCGCCCUCACGACCUGGAUCCUGGGCGGCGGCCGCAGUAGCAGCUGCAGCGGCGGUGGCGGUGGCGGUGGCAGGGGCGGCAGUAGCAGCAAGGCGGCGGGCUGGCAUGACGUGCAGGAGGUGCUGGCGGUAUUUGAUGCGGCGGAGCUGCGGCCGCGGCUGAGGGCGGGCGCGGUGCCCUUGGACCUGGUGCGAGCGCUGCUGGCUGUGUGCCAGCACGUGCGGCCCAGCCACCUGCGCUCGGGCGCCUUCAAGGCCCUGGGCAACCUGGCGGUAGCCCUGGUGGAGGAGGAGGAGGCGCAGGCGGCGGCGGCGGCGGCGCAGGGCGGGGCGGCGACACCCGCUGGCGGCGCCUCGCCGGCUGCAGGGCGGCGGCCGGGCGCGUCGUCUCAUGCGGUCCUCGGAGGCAGUGCCGGCGGCGCCGCCAGCAGCCCGGACUCUGUUAGCCGCAAGCGCAGCCGCGGCGGGGAGCAGGAGCAGCCGCCGCCGCAGCUGCCUCCCACGUCCUCAGCCGAGCUGCAGCCGGCUGCCAGCGGGCAACAGCCCGAGCUGCUACAGCCGCAGGUACCGCAGCAGCUGCUGCAGCUACAGCCUGGUCUGCUGCAGCUACAGCCGGGUCUGCUGCAGCCGGGCCGCUGCCGGCCUGCCCCCGUGUCGCUGCUGGCUCUGUACCGGCUGCCGAGUCUGCUGCCGGCGCUGGUGCGGGGCGUGGCGCAGUCCGAGGUGUGCAGCGAGAAGGACAAGGCGGCGCGGGGAGCAGCCAAGACGCUGGCGGCGCUGGUGGGGCCGGGCGUGCCUCCGCUGCGCAGCAACGCGCCCUUCGCCUACCAGCGCCAGCAGCAGCAGCAGCAGCAGCAGCAGGGAGAGGGUGGCAGUCCGGACCCGGGGCAGCUACAGCCGCGGGAGGAGGGCGGCCCGCCCCUACCUGCCGAGCUGCUGGCGGCCGCCGCCGCGUUCCGACUGCGGGUUGCCUCCCACCCGGACCUGCAUGAGCGCCUGCGCGCCGCCGCCACCAAGCCGCCCGCCACCGCCGCCUCCUGCGCCGCCACCGUGUAUGGCGCCACAGCGUUGCAGGGCCUGCAGCGGUUGCUGCGAGACCCCGCCGCCGCAGUGGUGGUGACAAAGACCGCCAAGCGGGUGGCGCGCGAGGCGGAGGCGGCGGCGGAGGGCUGGCCGGCGCCGCCGCCCGUGGCGGCCGACACGGCGAGCCAAUGGGCUGCGCGGCUGUUUGUCAACACCGUCAAGGCUUCACGAAAUGCCUUGCACGAGGGCACUCGCAAGGGCCUGGUGCAGGUGGCGGUGGCGCUUCUCGACCACCCGCACCUGCAGGCCGCACUGCCGCCGCCGCCCUCACCCCUGACCUCCAACUUUCCAGCGGGCGACGUCGGCAACGACAGUACGCUACAGCCGCUGCAUCCGGCAGCAGCAGGAGGCGGAGGCGGCGGUGGCAGCGGGCUGCGGGCGCUGGCGGCGGCGCUCAACGGUCAGGACCCGCGCACGCAGCUGCCGGCGGCGUGUGUGGGGCUGCUAGUGGCGGAGCUGGAGCACGUGGCGCAGCGGGCGCUGGAGGCGGCGGCGCGGGCGGAGGCGGCGGCGGAGGCCGAGGCCGCUGACGACGAUGACGGGGAGGCCUUGGACGCCCCCGCCAGGCGCUCCACUCGCCUGCGCCGCCGCCGAGCUGCGGCAGCUGCAGCCACUGCCGCCGCCGUCGCCGCAACCGGCGGUGAUGAUGGCGGUGCCGCUGCCAGCCCUGCUGCCGCUGCGGCCACCCCGCCGCCGCCCGCGCCUCUUCAAUUCGCCAGCGACGGCGGCGGCGGCGGCGGCUACCAAGUGGACAAGUGCACUCGGGUGCGGCUGCUGCUGGCCCUGCACGCGGCGGAGCGGGCGCUGAGGUACCUGCGGUCCGAGGCCGAGGCGGCGGCGGCGCGGCGGGGGAGUAGCGGCGGCGGCGGUGGCGGCUACGGCGGCGGCGGGCGGCGGCGGGCGCUGCACGAGCAGGAGGACACGGCGGUGGCGAUUCGACAGCUGCUGGAGCAGCUCGGGGAGGCUGCCGACGCGCUCUCGCGGCCGCAUGACCCGCAGCUGCAGCAGCUGGCUUCCACGGUGGGCUGCCUGGCGGAGGACCUCACGCAGCAGCAGUAGCAGGAGCAGCAGUUGGCUGUAGCAGCAGCAGCAGCACCAGUAGCAGAUGGCUGUCGCGAUGUGUUGAAAAGGGAUGGAGGAGCGGCAUAUUGAUGUGCAGUAGCAGCAUUGGUAGCGGUUGUAGCCGGCAUGGAGCACAGAGCAUGAGUACAGCAGGAGUACAGGCGGAGUGUCUUUGUUUGGGGACGGGCGGUGUGCAGGGGAGGGGUCGACAAGGGAGGAGGAAGCCUUGGGAUGAGUUGACUGGAGUUGCAUGGCUACAGACCACCAGCUACUAGAGGACAAGCAGUGACUCCCAGGAACGCCAAGCCAGUGCCGGCGCAUAUGAGGAGCGCUGCCCUGUAAUAGCUACCCCAC